AUGGUAUCCGACGUUAGAAGGAAAAAGUUAUUAUUCGCUUUUAAGAAAUUCUUCGACGCCGACGAAAGUGGUGCUGUUGAAAAAAAGGAUUUCGAAAAGUCCUUGGACAGAAUUGUAAGGUUACAAGGAUGGAAGGAGAGCGAUGUGGUCUUCAACGUCGCUAAAGACAUCAUGAAUCAGAUCUGGGAAGGUUUCCAAAGCUCCGCUGACUCAGAUAACGACGGAAAAGUAAGCACAGAGGAAUGGAUUAAGAUGUGGGACCUUCAAGACAAAGAGACUUUACCUGAAUGGAACAACUUGUUCUGCAAAGUAUGUUUCCACCUUCAAGAUAAAUCCGGAGAUGGUAAGGUCGACGAAGAAGAGUUUGUGAAGGUGCACGAAGUCUUCGGAGGGCCCAAAGAAGACGCUGUUGAAGCUUUUAAGAAGUUAUCCCAAGGCCAAAGUAGUUUAAGCUGGGAAGAGUUCCAAAAGUUAUUCAAGGACUUCUUCUUGUCUGAUGAUGCUGAUGCACCAGGAAACUAUAUUUUCGGCACAAUUAACUUCCUCAAGGAAUAG